UCUCACGUAUUUUCAGUUAUGACGACAAAAAUUCUUAAGAAUUUUUUCACUAAGAGCGAUUUUGACCGCGACUGUCCCAGUGACGGUAUUUUCGAAUAUCACCCGCAGAUCAGAGUAUUUCUUAUAUUGAACGGAAUUUUCUUUCAUAACGCCGAUUCUUAUAUCAGAUUCGUUUGGCCUCUGUUAGUUAACUCAUUGGCAUUAGUAGGGACGGGUUUUGAAUUGAUAUUUAUUUACCACGGAAUUGCUACAAAUGAUUAUGCAUUUGCCACUGAAUCAUUUUGCUAUUUUAUUACUUUAUUCAUAAUUCCCGUUAUUAACACAAGUUUACUUGUUAAUAGAAGAAAGCUAAUGGACCUCCUAUAUUCCAUGGACAGGGACUUUCAGUAUGUUUACAGUUUGGGGUCAAAGUACAGAAACACCUUUCUCAAAGGACAACUGCUGAUAUGGCAACUGUGUAUAUUGUGGUUUGUUUUCAUCUUGAUGAUCUCCUUUAUGUAUUUCUCCAGGACAUUAGCAGUCCUUCUGUAUCAAAGUUUAUUUGCGACUCAAACUGAACACCUCAUUAGACCUCUGAUAUCUCCUUUUUGGCUUCCGUAUGACGACCCUUAUCGUACUCCUAACUACGAAGUGUUUUUGACUCUUCAAAUUAUCAGCAGUGCGAUAGUUAUCCCACAGGCAUUCUGCGUUUAUAUUUACAUCCUAUUUCAUAUUUUGCUGCAUUACUAUUACAUGAUGAGUAUGAUAAUCUACGACUGCGAAGUACUUUUCAAUGACCUCGACCACGGCGUGGUGGAACUCUCCAAAUAUGACCCUCGUCGAAUCGAAGUGCAAUUUGUGCUUAACGGUAGAAUGAGGAGAAUUGUUAAAUGGCACAAUUUGGUUAUUAGAUCUAUCGAAAAAGUUUCGUCAAUCUUCGGUCCUCCACUAGUCUACCAAGUGAUGUUCAGCUCACUUCUAAUUUGCUUGACGACCUACCAAGUAGCUGAUUCGUUGGACCAUGGGAAUUUAAACGUCAUCUUUGUAAUGUAUUCCGUUGCAACUUGCGUGCAGCUUUGGAUACCGUGCUAUCUCGGGACACUGUUUAGAGACAAAGCCUUCGCUGUGGGCGAUGCGCUUUGGAGCAGCGGCUGGCACGCGACGCCGCUGGGCCGACUGCUGCGCAAUGACAUCACGCUGGUCAUCAUGCGCACGCAACAGCCCCUCACCAUCAAGUUCACGGGCUUGCCCAAUCUCGAUCUAGAAACUUUCUGCUCGAUAAUGACCUCAGCAUACUCGUAUUUCAACUUACUGCGCCGGUAUAGUAGAGAUAAUACGUAGAGAGGAUAAAAUGACUUGUAUCCAGUAGCACAAAAC